AUGCUACAUGUUUAUGGGAGAAAAGUAUUGAAGAAUGUUUUGGAAACAGCGGUUCGAAGCAAUUCAACUGGACAUAAAUUUAAAAGUGAGUUUUUCUUCGUUGUUUUUUAUUAAUUCAGAAAAAAUAUAAAAUUAUAGCCAAUGAGGUAACCAAGGAGAAUACGACAUAUGUGAAUAUGGAAAGAGUUGGAGAUAGUGUUGGUCCACGAAAAGACGGCGAAUUUUGCUCACUUUGCACAUGUAAUUUACCAGUUAAAGUGAGCUACAAAGAUGUGCUUAUACUGGAACAAUUUAUGCGAGAAGAUGGAACUGUAUUACCUCGACAAUUGACUGGAUUAUGCAAAACACAACAAUUACGGGUUGAAAGAUGUGUUAUGCAAGCAUUUUGGUCAGGUCUUUUUGGUGAUAAAUUUGGAAAUGAAGCAGAUCGAGCAGGUUAUAAAAGAUUCAAUAGGUAAAUAGUGACGUCACAGUUUUCAUUAUUCAAAAUGUUCAUUUUUUCUUUAGGUAUUGGAAAAAUGAUAUGUCAAUGUAUCAAUUAGAAAAGAAAGAGAAAGAUGGAACAUGGUAUUACAUCAAACGAUAUCCAACCAAAAAUCAACAAUUGUUUAAAAAUCCUCUAAAUUAAUUCAGAUUUUUUUCUAGGUUUAGUUUGUUAUUAAAGUUAUUUGUUUUUUUUCUUUACUUAUUCUUAUUCUUUUUAAAUAUUCGUCUCAAAGCGAAUUAUAUUAUCUAUUAUUUUUUCAAAAUCUUAACUUAUUUUAUUCCUUUUGUUUCAGAUAACAAAUGUCAUUAUAAUGGAAAAAAGGGUUUUUGUGUGGCUGUAUAUAUUUUCGCUGGGAACUUGCUCUUUAAAUGAUUCCAGUGUUAUUGUCACAGAAUCAUCAUGUCCGAUGGUUUCGACAUGUGCUUGUAUAAAUGAGGAUAUACGAUUUAUUCAGUGUCAUUCAAUCGGACAUGAAACAUUGAAAGAAAUCGAGAAAAUAUAUGGGAAAAACAUUGAAACGCUAGAAAUUGAAAAAUGGGAAGAAUCUUUCAUUGAUUUCAAUAAUUUCACACAGUUUUCAAAGUUGCGAGAACUACAAAUAUUCAGUGAGUUUUUAAAUUCAAUUUUCAUCAUAAACAAUCUCUUUUUUCAUAGACAGUGAAAUUGAGAACAUUUUCAUUAAUUCAAGUAUCAAUUCUUUGGAGAAACUUGAAUUAGAAAAUGAUGAAAUUGAAAACGAUGAAAUAAUUUGUAAUCUACUCGAUUUUCUUCCAAAUCUCGCAUAUUUAUCGCUCACCAACAAUUAUUUGAAGAAGUUUGAUUGUUUCAAAAGUGCACUCAAACUAAAAACAUUGAAAUUGCGGAAGAAUUCAAUUGAAUUUGUUGAUUUGCCAGAUUCACUCGAAAAUCUCGAUAUUUCGUUCAAUUCUUUGACAAAUAUAGAAAAUAUUGCGAAAAACAAGAAAUUAGUCGAAUUGGAUUUGUCAUUUAAUAGAAUAAAUGAAUGGAAUGCUGAAUUGGAACUUCCAAAAUUGAAAAUAUUGAAUAUUUCUGGUUUGAGAAUCAAGAAAGGUUUUGGAUUAUAUGCACCAAGAUUAGAAGAACUUAUAAUGAAUCAAUCGAUUUUGAGAUAUCUGAACUUCUAUAAAAUUCGAACUGAAAAUCUCAAAAGAUUCUCCGCUACAAAAUCGAUAUAUCUCGAAUCAGUUGCCGGACGAAUUCCAGCGAAACUUGAAAAUAUGACGAUGACCGACACUCAAAUUAUGAAUCUUCCAGUUAAUUUUUUCGAGAAAAAACAACUCAAACUACUUUUUUCGUCUUCAAAUAUUCAGUGUGAACCGUGUGUUUUGAAAUGGUCUUUGCCAGUUUUUGAUCAAAUCGAUCUUCGGAAAAUUUGUAAUUUGACAAUGUAAGGUUUUUUUUUUCAAAAAAAAAGUUCAGGUUUCAAUAUUUUUCAGGAAAGAUAUAAAAAUAGCAAAUUGUUCAAUUGGAAUUGGGAAAUCACCAAUUAUUUAUGGCAAAUAUUCAGAUGAUACCCUUCUUCGAUGUUUUUACUACGGUGAUCCAAUUCCAAAAAUAACAUGGUAUCGAUAUCGACCAAGUGAAUUACUUGGAACAUAUGAUCCUGAUCAAAAUAUUAUUGAUUAUUCAAAUGUUACAAAUUCUUCACUACAAAGUUAUUCAAUUAUUGAUGGCGGACAUUUAUUAAUUCGAAAUCCAAAUCGAAGUCAUAUUGAAAGAUAUGUUUGUGUAGCUGAAAAUCAACAUGGAAAAGUUCAUGAAAUUAUCAAUUUCAGGUAAUUACAAUUUGAAGAAUUUGUCCCAAAAACUCUCCCAAUUUUUUCUUUAGACUUGAUUAUUCUGAUUGGUAUUCUUUCGAUGUUUUUCAUUCAGUAUUUUAUGGUGGUUUGGCAACUUCAUUAAUUGUUUGUUUUGUAUCAUUCCUUUUGAAUAUCACAUGGAUUUUGACGAGAAAAUCGGCACUUUGGUGGAUUCAAAGAGCUGAACGAUUAUCAAGAGUUCGUAAAAUGGUUGAAGCGAUGGAAAAAUAUCGAGUUCGUCAAAUGGAAUCGCUUCAUGAAAAAUAUACGAAACGUGUUCAAAUUGUUCGAGACAAUUAUCAUCAACAAGUUGAAGCACUGCGAGUCUCAUAUACGUCACAAUCCGAAAAAUUCCGAGAUUAUCGAGCUGCACAACUUGAAACUGUUAGUUCGCAUCUGGAAUCGAUGAGAGAUAAUUAUAAUACACAAUUAGCGAGAGUUCGAGAAUAUGGUGCUAAAAGAGCGGAUACAUUGUGGGAUAGUUAUGAGAAACAAGUGAAUCGAAUGAGAACAUUCAGUUUGCAACAUCGAUUGAAAUUGAUGAGACAAUAUAAAGUGAAACAGCGAUAUUUGAAUAAACUUUUGGAAUCAUUUCAAGCAAUGUCACCAGAACAACGAUUGGAGCAUGUAUGUUUUUUUUUUGAAAAAAUAAUUUUGUUUUUUGGAAAAAUAUUAAAUAAUUUCAGGAAGAUAAAAUCCGAGAAGCUCUUGAUAUUCCAAAUGAUCCGAUAGAUAUCGAUUCAGCUGGUGGUUCUCGAUUAUCUCGUUCAUCAUCUUUCCAUUCUCUUCCCGAAUAUUUGAUUGAUGAAAGAGGAAAUAUUCAACCUGGAAUACCUCCUUCUUCCCAAACAAUUCGUUUUUCAAAUAUUCAACCACUUCAAUCGCCUUCUUCAUCUUCAACUCCAUUACACAAUCAACCAUCAACUUCAUCUUCUUCUCCAAAGCCAUAA